AUGGAGGGCAUCGUCGCCGUCUUCGAGUCCCACCGGACCAAGGGCAUCCCCGACAUGUACAGCCUGCACAGCUGGUGUGGGAUGGCUGCCUUCGUGCUCUACCUCCUGCAGUGGCUCCUGGGCUGCGGUUUCUUCCUGCUCCCUGGUGCCUCCUUCUGGCUGCGCAGCCGGUACAAGCCCCACCACGUCUUCUUUGGCAUUGCCCUCUUCACCUUGUCCAUCGCCGUUUGCCUGCUGGGCAUCACCGAGAUGCUCCUCUUCAACAUCAGGGACUCGUACAGCCACUUUGUGCCUGAGGGUGUCCUGGCCAAUACCCUGGGGGUGCUGCUGGUGGCCUUUGGGCUGGUCGUGGGCUACGUCUUGACGCGGGACGACUGGAUGCGGCCGACGCUGGCUGAGGAGCUGGCCCUCUCCAUGGACUUCAAGACUCUGACGGAGGGUGAGAGCCCUGGGGGUGGCAGCCAGUGA